AUGGAAACUCCCCAUUCAACUGGAGGAGUAGGUGUUACAAACAAUGGAAAUGAUGGUGAUGUUGAACCUUUAGCAUCGUCGUCGUCGAAUGCAACAACAAUCACUACAACAACAACAACUACUACUGCAGUGAUACCUACUCCUACUCCCACCACCACUACCAACAACGGCAACAACAAUAGCAUUGGCAGUAGUGUAAACAAUAGUAGUAGUUCAUUUCUUAAUACAAAUAGCCUCAAUAGUAAUCGUAGUAGUAUGAAUGGUAGUCAUGGAAGCAGACUCAGACAAAAGUUGAAAUUAACAAGUAGUAGCAAUGGUGUCAAUAGAUAUAGCAAUAGCAAUGAUAAACAACUCUCAAAUUCAUCUUCGUCUUCAUCUAGUGCCAACAAUACAACUACUGUCAUUAGUAGUACUACAACAACAACCUCAUCUUCGAAUAAUAAUAAUAAUAAUAAUUAUAAUAAUAAUAAUAAUAAUAAUAAUAAUAAUAAUAAUAAUAAUAACAAUAGCAACAAUAGUAAUUCACAUCUGAAAGCACCUCCUCCUUCACCUACACAUUCACCUAAACAUCAUAAAAUAUCAAAGUUUGUUAAUUAUAAUUAUUAUAAAAAUAAAUUGAAACCUAAUAAGCAUCAAAAUCAACAACAACAACAACAACAACUACAACAAGCUCAGCAACAAACUCAACAACCAAACAAUAAACACCUAUCCAAUGCUACAGAUAGUAGCGGUCACCCAAAUCCAUCGACAUCACCAUCAUCAUCAUCCAAAUCAACAUCUUUUUUAAACACAGCAGAGACACCUCAUUAUCUUUUACCAGAUCCUAUAAAACAACAACAACAACAACAACCACAACAUACUCAUCAUCAUCAUCAUCAUCAUCAUCAGGAACAACAACAAGAAAUCAUAGUAAAUAAUGCACAUAUUGAAACAAUGGAUAGUAGGUUCGUACCUAAUCCACUACCGGUAUCAUCAAACAAUGUUUUACUAAAGGAUAGGAACAAAACGUUGGUACUGGACAGUACAGGUGCCAAUAGACACAGUGGCGGCGAUCAUUUGAUGUUGGACGAAAAGAAUCUCGAUGAACUCUUCUACCAGAUUGAAUCACUCAAUCUCAAUGGAGAAGACUACUCGCCGUAUCACAACGGCAGUGACAGCGAUACCUACAGCGACAGCAGCAGUGCCUACAGCUACAUGAGUGACAGCAAUAUCAGUAGCAGUACCGCUGCCACCAACAACAUGCCACCGACCAACUCGAACACCAACAAUCCAAAUAGCAAUAAUAGUCACAUCACCACAACCACUACAACUCAAUCCGGACCAACCUUAAUAACAACCACCACAACAACCACCAACGCCAACAACAACAAUCACAGCAACAGCAAUAGCACCAGUAGCACACCCUCUAGAAGUCAUACAUUUAGUGGGCAUGUAAACAGUAUGAAAGCAGCUCUAUUCACACCGCCACUACGACGUCAUUUGGCACCUAGAAAACGUUCGAAUUCGACCAUGGUCGAAAAUCAUCUUUAUAAAAAAACAUAUUUUGCAAGAGAAGAAUUACAUAAUCUAUAUAAUCUAUUUAGAAAAGAUGAGAUUUCACUACAGGAUUUCUCAGAGUUUCUUAUAUUUCAAGGUCUUUGGUUUCUCACUAAUCUACCACAUGGUAUUAAUAUAUUGUCAGAGAUUCUGGCGACCAGUGAGCACGAUGAGAAGUCAAAUACCUCGACAACCAUGAUCGACGAUAUGAUUCAACAGAAACAUAAACAACAACAAGCAGAACAACAAGCAGAACAACAAGCAGAACAACAGAAACAACAACAGCAACAACAACAAAACGAACCAACCGAGAAUAUGCAUAUUUCAACACCAACAACAUCCGAUACAAUACCGAAAGCAACAACAACAACAACAACAAGUACCACCACUACAACAACAACCACUAGCACAGCAGCAGCAGCAGCAGCAACAACAACCACAUCGACCACUACAACAUCGACUGAUUUACCAACUAACGAACCAAAUAGUCCGUCUGGUCCAGAGAUUGAUGAAAUAGGUGCAUUCAGUUAUCAACUGCUGUUGGUAAAGAACUCUAAUAUUUACAGUGGAAAGAACUUACAGAAUGCCGAGUUUAGCUAUCUAAACAAAUCGGUAUUGGUCAACAAAUGGCGUAGUGUCAUCGAUCGACUCGUACAACUACUCUUUAUUUACAUUGCCAAGAAGUUUCAACUUGCACCCAACAAAAAUCCAUCUAUAUCACAUAUUAUUGAUUUAAUUUCAAUUAUGACAAGAGGAACUAUUAAAGAAAGAUCUGAAUUGGUUUUUAGAAUUUGUAAAAAGAAAUCAGAAGAGUAUAUUUAUAAAUCAGAGUUGUUAGAGUUGGUUAGAUUAGUAGAUUCACUGACGGUUUUCAAUGAGUUUGGUUAUGGAAAUAUUGGAACACCAGAGGAGAUUGUCAAUACCAUUUUCAAAGAGUCUUCGAGUAAUCUCAAUUCAAUACAGAAAGGUGCUGUUCUAAAAUCAACCACCGAUUUCUAUACCAAGGAAAUGAAUGCAUCCAUGGUACACGAUGCAUUCCUUCGUCGUGCCAACGUCAACCCAGAUCUACCGAGAUGUUUCGGUUUCUUUGAUCUAAUGUAUUUUUGUUUAGUUAAACCAAUUGAAGAUUUACAUUCAAAUGUAAAACAACAACAAUGUGCAGGUUAUCUUUAUAAAGUUAAAUAUGUUGGAUUCUUAAAGUAUGCAUAUUCACUACGUUACUUUGAGUGUAGGAAUGGAUUUUUGAUUGCCUACAAACGUUUGUCUAGUAAACCGUCAAAGGUCAUCUGUUUGUUCAAUACCAGUGUAAAGGUGUUGCCAAAGGAACAUCCGAACCAUCACAACUAUCCUUCGAUCUUGAAGAAAGUGCUACGCUCCAAUGCCAAGGAGAUCGAGGAGAGCAAGGAUGCCACCGAUUUCGUGUUGGACACAUUCGACAAGGAGUAUACAUUCAUUGCCCUCACCACAUCAAAGGCAUCGAUGUUUGUCAAUACCAUUCGUUCCAAUUCGAAAGGAUCAUAUCGUUUUCAUUCUUUUGCAAUGCCUCGAGACGAUAUUCAGGUCAACUACUACAUCAACGGUUUGGAUUACUUUGAGCGUAUCUACUACGCCAUAAAGAAUGCGCGAAACGAGAUUUUCAUUGGUGGAUGGUGCAUAUCGCCAGGUAUCACUCUCAUCAGAGAUCCCAAUUGCAGCGCAGAGGAAGCCGACCGAUACAGACUCGACAAACUACUCUUUAAGAAAGCAGCGGAAGGUGUUAAGAUCUAUGUUUUGAUCUGGGACGAAACAACGCUUGCCACUGAUCUAGGUUCGCGUUUCGUAAAGGCAUUGUUUGAGAAGCUACACGCCAGAAACAUCAAGGUCAUCAGACAUCCACCGUUCGUUCCACUCUCGUGGUCACAUCAUCAAAAGAUUGUAGUGAUCGACCAGGUUCUUGCAUUCCUCGGUGGACUUGAUCUGUGUUACGGUCGCUACGACAACCAUUUCUUCAAACUAGCGGAUUCCGAAGAGAAAGUAUUCCCUGGACCCGACUACAUCAAUACCUGCAUUGUGAAACCACGUUCGAACGAGCGCAUCUGUCUUAUCGAUCGUAACAACCACCCGAGAAUCCCAUGGCACGACGUCUCUGUUUCCGUCAAUGGCAAUGCUGCGCGUGAUAUCGCCACCAACUUUAUUCAACGUUGGAAUCACGCAAAGAAUUCGAACAGAGACUACAAGAAGUAUCCAUAUCUCGUUCCAACACUGGAACCACUGCCACCAACCAACGGUACUUCCAAAGUGCAGAUUGUCCGAUCGGUAUGUGAUUGGUCUGCAGGUCAAUCGCUAGAGAACUCUAUCUACAAGGCAUACAUCAAUCUCAUCAACAUGUCACAACACUUUAUCUACAUUCAGAAUCAAUAUUUCAUUACAUCCGUUGGAACACCACAGCCAAACAAUCAAAUUUCAUUUGCAUUAUUUAAAAGAAUUGAAAAAGCAAUUUUAUGUAAUGAGGUAUUUAGAGUUAUCGUUUUGUUACCGGUUCAUGCAGAGGGAGAUGUCAAUACUGCUGACAUUCAGUUGAUUGUUAAAUGGACAUUCAAAUCGAUUCAAGGUAUCAAGUCAGAACUCUUGGCAAAGUAUCCACAAGUCGAUAUCGAUCAAUAUAUCUCUUUCAACUCCAUGAGAAACUGGUGUAUCAAUGGUGAUGUCAUCUUUACGGAGCAGGUCUAUGUUCAUUCGAAACUGAUGAUCGUUGACGAUAGAAUUACAAUUAUCGGAUCGGCAAACAUCAACGAUCGUUCGAUGAACGGCUCGAGAGACUCUGAGAUUUGUGCGGUCAUCGAGGACAAAGAUAUGACAGAGUCGCGAAUGAACGGUAAGCCAUACAUGGCCGGUUCUUUUGCACUACGUCUACGUCUACAGCUCUGGGAGAAUCAUCUUGGUCUAACACAGAAACCAGAUCCCAUCAUGAGCUACGCCGUACAGGAUCCAGUCGUAUCGUCGACCUACAAUGAAAUCUGGCGAAGUAUCGCAACCAACAACACUCUGAUCUACAAACACACAUUCGGAACCUAUAUUCCUGACAAUUGCCGUAAGAUCUCACAGUUCAAUCGUGACGGUAGAAUACCAUCCAACAUAGUAGAGCACACCAUGCUCACCAGCAUCAAAGGUUACAUCAUUGAAUUCCCAUUAGGAAUGUUAGUAGAAGAUGGUGAACCAUCCUCUGUCAUCUCUGACAUCAUCACCAGUAUGAAACUUGUCAUAUUAGAUUAG